GUAGUUCACGUUAAGUCCAGAGUGCUGAAGGAACUGAACAAGUGGACUUGUAGACAUCAAAUAGCUGGCCAUGGUGUUGGCCAUGGCGUCUCAGGAAGUUCAGAACUUCUUCCAGCCUCUCUCUUCCUGGAUAUCUCGGGUUUAUGAAGCUCUCCAGCAAGCAGGAGAUACACUAUCUGCUUCGCUGGUUAACUUGAGCAAACAAGACUCUAAAUUGAGUGACAAGCUAGACCAGGACUUAGAUGAUAUUCAGAUUCAGGAAACUUACUUUGAAGAUGAAGAACAAGGCAAUGAUUGGAGUCAAGAAGAUGCAAAUUCUUUGUUUCUUGAAGUGGAUCAUUUUUCCUGUUGUAAUAGUGAUUUGCAGGACUCUCCCCAAAGUGCAAGCCCCAGACUUAGCCGACACGCAAAUACAAAGGACUCAUGUUCCAUAAUGUCCCAGUGGCCCAAUCAGACCCUUGAUGACCAAAAGCCACCACAUGUGCUUCCUUCUAUUGCUGAGGAAGAACAUCACCUUGAAAAGCAAAGGAGUGGCCUUCAACACAGCUUUGACAGCCAGCUCUCUGGUGUUUUAGAAAAUGUUAAUGGACAAAAGCAAGUUAACAGCUUUGGAGGUGAUGAAGAGCCGUGCACAUCUUCUGACAGUGACGAAGAGGUGAUCAAACAAUUUGAGAUUUCUGUGUCCCGGUCCCAGAGUUUCCGUUCAGGAGCAUCUAAGAAAGGAAAGCAGACGGGAUUGGAGCAGAAACCAAAAUUUGGCCGCUUGCUCUCUCCCCACGAAGAGGAUGGCACAGGGGUGUCUGCCUGUGAAGACUUGGAUGGAACCAGCCAACUGAAUUAUUCUGAGAAUCCAUCUCCUGGUGAAGAUGACCCUACCUCUGCCCACUCACAGUCCCCAUGUGAGGUGGGGGAUACCAGGCACCAUGGUGCAUCUCCCCAGGAGACCAGUGUGGUCCACAGCGUCAGUCGCCAGUCCACUCAGGGCAGCUUGGAGACGGAGACAGCUUUCAAGAACCGGGGAUUUGGAGACUCCUAUGCCACUGACAACUCUUCCAUGUGGAGUCCAGAGGAACAGGAUGGGACCAAUUUUCAGGUGCCAUCUGGGGUCCCAGAGCCCAUCUCAAAAUGUGGCGACCUGGAUGUCAUCUUUGAAUAUAGAGCUGCCAGCCAGAAGCUCACAGUGACCAUUGUGAGAGCACAGGGCCUCCCGGAUAAGGACCGAAGCGGCGUCAACUCCUGGCAAGUUCAUGUAGUGCUGCUACCCAGUAAGAAACAGAGGGGCAGGACAAGCAUACAGCGAGGGCCCAGCCCUGUCUUCAAGGAGAAGGUUACCUUCACCAGGCUGGAGGCCAGAGAUGUGGCUACCUGUGCUGUCCGCUUCCGCCUGUAUGCUGCCCGCAAGAUGACCCGUGAGAGAAUGAUGGGAGAGAAGCUGUUCUAUCUCAGUCACCUGCACCCAGAAGGGGAGAUGAAAGUGACUCUGGUCCUGGAGCCAAGAAGUAAUAUCAGUAGUGGAGAGUCUCCGCUCAGCCCAUCUGCAGUGUCUCACAGCGACAGUGCUUCAUCCACGCAGUCGCUGGCUCAUGGAGGGGCGCCAGAGCUGCUGGUGGGGCUGUCCUACAACGCCACAACGGGGCGAUUAUCUGUGGAAAUGAUCAAAGGCAGCCAUUUCCGAAACCUCGCUGUUAACAGAGCACCGGAUACAUAUGGAAAGCUCUUUCUCCUCAAUUCUGUGGGUCAAGAGAUGUCACGCUGCAAGACAUCCAUUCGACGUGGUCAGCCCAGUCCUGUCUAUAAGGAGACCUUUGUUUUCCAGGUGGCCCUCUUUCAGCUCUCUGAUGUCACGUUGAUGAUUUCCAUUUAUAAUAGGCGUACUAUGAAGCGUAAAGAGAUGAUUGGUUGGAUUGCUCUGGGCCAGAACAGUAGUGGAGAGGAGGAACAAGACCACUGGGAGGAGAUGAAGGAGGCCAAAGGUCAGCAGGUCUGCAGGUGGCACACCUUGCUCGAGUCCUAGGUUUGCCAACAGGCAUUUGUGUGCUACAUCCACCCUGGUGACCCGUGUUACGACCGCUGGUACCAACUGAGCGCAUGCUGGCAGGCUUUGUAAAGACAGGCUUUC